AUGAAUAGCGAUGUUUGCGUAUGCCCUAGCUUCAGCAGCUACUCAUCCGAUCGAUUAGCAGAGAUCGCGAUCCGAGUCGCUGGCGACGACGAUUUCGAAUUCGCUCUGCUAUGCGACGAUAAUCAUAAGGAGGUUUCCGCCGCGGAAUUCCUCCACGACGGACCGGUUUUCCCCGUAUUCAGCCGCGAUUUGAUACAGAUCAGCGGCGGAGCCGAGCAAUCGGAACCGAUUCCGCUGAGAAAACUCUUCGCCGAAGAGAAUCGCGAUCGCGCGCCGUCGUGCUCCUCGUCGGAGGAGGACGAGCUGGAGAGCGUUCCGGCGGCGGCGCUGCGGCAGUGCGAGAAAAGCAAAUCGACCGGAUCGGCUUCGAGGCGGCGGUGGAAGAUCCGCGAUCUGCUGCUGCUGCGGAGCAGGAGCGACGGGAAGGAGAGUUUUGUGUUUCUGACGCCGAAGCGCCGAGGAGAGAAUCCGACGCUCCGAACGCCGGAGAAAGGACGCGGCGGCGAAGGACCCGAUUCCGCUGCGGCGGCUCAUGAGGCGUUUUAUGCGAGGAGCAGAGCGGUGAAGGAAGGGGAGAAGAGGAGAUCGUACCUGCCGUACAGGAGAGACCUCGUCGGUUUUUUCGGUAACGUGAGUUUCUCGCGCUUCUAG